UCUCUCUAUUGACUGUUUGUGUGUGUUCAUAUCAUUUGUUGUAUAUCUAACCAUUCUUUUGUAAUAGUUUUUUUUUUCUCUUCAGAUAAAACUAGAUUUGUUUUCAUUACAGGAAAACCAAAUCAUGGUUUAUCAAGAAACUAGUUUCCAGCCUAACCCUCAACUUCCAGAUCAAACCACCUUAAAGAAGUUGAUCUUAGUGGCCACAAUCGCCGCCGGAGUACAAUUCGGGUGGGCCCUACAGCUCUCUCUCCUAACCCCAUACACACAGCUCUUAGGCCUCAGCCACAAAUGGGUGUCCUUCGUCUGGCUAUGCGGGCCCAUCUCGGGCCUUAUAGUCCAGCCAAUCGUCGGCCACCACAGCGACAGGUGUACAUCUCGUUUCGGAAGGAGACGCCCCUUUAUAGUAGCUGGUACCCUUCUCCUCUCUAUAGGUGUCCUCCUCAUAGGCUUCGCUGCAGAUAUAGGCAGAAACUUAGGCGAUUCUUUAAAACCGGGAAUCAAACAUAGAGCAGCCACGAUUUUCAUACUCGGGUUUUGGUUGUUGGAUAUUUCGAAUAAUAUGAUCCAAAGCCCGUGUAGGGCCCUCUUGGCCGAUAUCUCGGGCGACAGUGACGCAAUGGUGACACUCGGCAACGCCCUAUUCGCCUUCUUCAUGGCCGUCGGAAACGUUUUAGGGUACGCCUCGGGUGCGCUCGAUCUCCACCGUUUUUUCCCGUUCACGAAAACGAACGCUUGUGAUACAAACUGCGCGAACAUCAAGACUUGCUUUUUACUGUCCGUUUUCUUCACGACAUUUACUAUAUCUUUGGUGGUGUGGUACAUAGACGAGGAGAGGCUCGAUCCUGCGUACAUGCAGUACAUGCAAGACGGGUACAACAACGCCGGCGAGGCGGCGUGGGCCCAGCCGCCGCAGCCCUCGUUCUUCGUGCAGAUAGCGGUGGCGGCGAGGAGCACUUCGAGGGCGAUGUGGGUGUUGUACGUCGUGACGGCGCUCAACUGGAUCGGGUUUUUCCCGUUUCUUUUGUACGAUACGGAUUGGAUGGGGAAGGAGGUUUUCGGCGGGAAAAUCGAGGGGAGUGCAGAGGAGCUUGGUCUGUACCAUCAAGGCGUUCGACUGGGCUCGUUGGGGCUAAUGAUGUAUGUUUUAACGAUGGGGGUCGUUUCGUUGUUUUUGGAGGGGUUGAUUGGACUAUUGGGGGGCGUAAAACGGCUUUGGAGCUUUACGAAUUUCGUACUUGCGGUCUGCAUGGGGUUUACGGUGGCGAUUUCUUACGUGGCUGUGAGUGCAAGAGAAGCUGCUGUGGUGGAGAGAGGGACUCCACUUGUUUCACCUUCUCUUGGAGUGAAGCUUUCUUGUUUUGCUCUCUUUGCUAUCUUGGGCAUACCACAAGCGGUUACUUAUUGCAUCCCUUUUGCUCUAGCUUCUAUAUACUCCAAAGACAGUGGCACUGGCCAAGGCAAGCACACAAUAAUUCUUCUAUAAAAAAAAUUACCUUUUUUUUCGAUUUUUUUUCGUUUUUUUUUUUUCCGAUUUUUUAGAU